AUGCAGUCUGUAGAGGCCAGCUUGAAAACCCUGCUGGCCACAUUACCACACCCCGCAGACAAGCCGGCUCUCGACCCUCUUGUCACGGAGGCGCUGUCUCGCGCGAAGGCGAGUUCGUCUGCCGAGAUCCGUAGAAAUCAAUGGGAGUACGCGUUGAAAAGAGAGAUAUUCGCGCUCGCCGCGACAGAAGGCCAGGCCCUGAAGGAUUCCAAUACGCGCUAUUACGAACAAUUGUGCGACAGACUCGAUCUCUGCCUCGUCUUCUCUGAACACGAUGUUUGCGACAAAGCCUUUCCUUUCACAGUCCUCUUCGACCUCCUCGAGACCCAAACAAUCGACUCAUGCUCACACAUAUUCAGCUGGAUUGAGCUGCGCGCAGACCGACUCACCGAGGGCAUGGUCCCGCAGAAGGGCAAGGCCCUCGUGCUUCUGCGCACGCUCAAUGACCUGCUACGGCGACUCUCCAAGAUUGGCAACACGACGAUGUUCUGCGGCAGAAUACUGACAUUCAUGAGUCAAGUGUUCCCGCUCGGCGAACGGAGCGGUGUCAAUCUACGGGGAGAAUAUGGCCCAGUCUGGGAUGCCCCCGGCGGAAAGAAGGAGGGAAGUGCGGCGAAUGCGGAGGAGCAGGUCUCAAUGAAGAAGGAGGCAGCGGAGGAGGAGGACAAGAUGCAGGUUGAUGAAUCCAAGGCGGAGUCGAACAAGCAGGAGGAGUUCUACAACACAUUCUGGUCUCUUCAGCUCCCAUUCUCCCGACCUCCGCUUUUUGCUGAGCCAGACGCAUUCGCUCGGUUCAAGGAGGGUGUGAACAAGGCCCUGCCUGUCAUCAAGGAGGCCACCGCGAAGGAGCGUGCUCUGAUGGGCAGCAAGACAAGCGCUGGUCAACCUUCGUCGUUGAAGCGCAAACGUGAAUCCGAGGGCGUAGAGGAUAAUGCAGGUGGCGAGUACUUCUUCGCCAAGUAUCUUACCAGUCCGGAUCUGCUCGAGCUCGAGAUCGCAGAUACCCAUUUCCGGCGACAGUUCCUCUUUCAGCUGCUCAUCCUCCUCAAUCACCUCCUCACUUUCACGAAGGCCGUCAAAACGACUUGGGCGACACCACGGAAUCGUUCCCUCCAAAUGGACUUCACCCUUGACGCGACCGACGCGCAAUGGGUCCAGGAGACAGUGACCAAAGCGACGGAGGAGCUCCGGCAGACGACGCCGAAUGGACGCUCAUUCGCCGAGACCGUCCAUGUUAUCCUGGAGCGCGAGAAGAACUGGGUGCGCUGGAAGAACGAGUUGUGUGCUCCGUUCGACAAGGGGCCGUGGUCGGAGGAGAUCGAGGUCGACGGGCAGAAGAGGAAGGUCGGGUUGGAGGAAGCAACACGGGAGGUGCGCAUGAAGAUGCGUAUGGAUCCAGAACCAUGGCCGCACAAGCUGGGCUCGGCGCCGCUGACGGAGAUAUGGGAGAUGGGUUACCGAGACUUGACGGACCUGCAGCGGCCGUUCUCGCCCGGAGGGCCGCGCGACUUCCUGAAGAAGAUCAUGCAGGAAGAUGCGAGGAUAGAGAUGAGGAGGAAGCAGCUGCAGAAGCAAGCGGACCGGGUCGCGCAGGCGCGAGCAAAGGCAGCAGCAGCGGCUGCUGCUAAAGAACAACCAAAGGAGUCUGCCCCGCCUGCAGAAACAGCACCUCCGCCCGCUCCUGCGCGUCUGCCGUCGUCCACCUCCACGCCCUUGCAUCCAUCGCUGCCAGCUAAGCCGGGGACAGUGCCGCCGACGUCCGUGUCUGCGGAUAACGUGGCGCAAAGCUCGUCGCCGGCGCGUGUUCCGACCCCUGUGCAACCUGCUGCUGCCUCACCUGCCCCUGUACCAACUCCUGCGCCCCCUCCGCCAGAACCGGCGCCGAUCAAGGAUCAACUCGUAUCACAAUACGAAGAGAACAAACAACGAUGGGCAUGGCUCGGCUUCCGUGCAGGACGAGAGCUUCACUCAUCGUUCUUUGAUGUCGACCCGCUGGUCAAGUUCGAAGAAUAUGUGAAAGUUAUCGAAAUACCAGGGGACCACCCUACACGCAGAUUCGUAACGGUCUCGACGAACGCAAAUGCUAGCAUAGGCAUCGCCGAGAUGCAGGAUGGCGCGACGAGCGCUGGGCCCCCGGAGGCCAGGGAGGAUAAACCGAAUGGCAGUCGGGUCCUGGUCACCGGUGGUGCGGGCUACAUCGCCUCACAUGUAGUCUAUGCCCUGCAGGAGACUCGCCGAUACAAGGUUGUCUCGAUCGACAACCACCACAACUCCACCCCCAAGGCUCUCGUCCGCGUCGCUGAGCUUGCGCGCAGCAACCUCCCCGCAGAUGCCUCCGAGAAGGACAAGGACAGCGCGGAGAUCGAGGCGUACUCUGCGGACCUCACCAAGCCCGAGGAGGUGCGCGCAGUGUUCGAGAAGUACGGCAAGGGCGGGAUCUGGGGUGUCGUUCACAUCGCGGCCUACAAGGCUGUCGGUGAAUCGACGCAGAUCCCCCUGACAUAUUAUGCCAACAACGUCGGCGCAACCGUCACUCUGCUCCAGAUCGCCAACGAGUUCGACUGCACUCGGUUCGUGUACUCCUCCAGUGCUACCGUCUACGGCAUUCCCCCGGUCAUCCCCAUCCCGGAGACGACCCGCCUACAGGCACAAAGCCCAUACGGGAAGACCAAGGUCAUGAGCGAGACCAUCAUCGAGGACCUGUGCAGUGCCGAGCCAUCUAAGUGGCAAGCACUCUCCCUCCGUUACUUCAACCCUGCCGGCGCGCACCCAUCUGGCCUGAUUGGUGAGGACCCAAGAGGUCGCCCGGGCAACCUCCUGCCCCUGCUCGCCCAGAUGGCCGUAGGGCGCAUCAAGGACAAGCUCCAGGUAUUCGGCAACGACUACCCCACGCCCGACGGCACCUGCGUGCGCGACUACCUGCACGUCCUCGACCUCGCCAAGGGUCACCUGCUUGCGCUCGACGCCCUCGCGCCCGGCUCGACGGUGUUCGACAACCGCCCGGCGGAGGCGCGCUACAAGGCUUACAACCUCGGCAAGGGCAAGGGCUUGAGCGUGCUGCAGAUCGUGGAGGCAAUGAAGAAGGCAACUGGGUUCGAAUACGAGUACGACAUCGUUGGUCGCAGGAAGGGCGACGUGCCGGACCUUACGGCGGACCCGACCCUUGCUGAGAAGGAACUUGGGUUCACUGCCCCGCAGACCCUCGAGACCAUGUGCCGCGAUUUGUGGAACUGGCAGACGAAGAACCCCAACGGCUACGAUGGCCAGUAG